AUGACAGAGAAAGGCUUUCGGAUAGCUUCGCAGGUCAACAAGGAAGGAUGGGAAAAGGCCCAGUUCCCAAUCCUCUGUGAAACAUGCCUGGGAGACAAUCCGUAUGUUCGAAUGCAGAAGGAGGAUUACGGUGUUGAGUGCAAGAUUUGCGCCCGGCCUUUCACGAUCUUCAGAUGGAAAGCUGGCACGCAAGGUCGAUACAAGGCCACGGUAGUGUGUCAAAGCUGCGCAAAGGUCAAGAAUGUGUGUCAGACAUGCUUGUUUGAUCUGGAGUAUGGCCUCCCCGUGCAAGUGAGAGACAAGUUUAUGGAGGAGCUCGGCGCAAACAAGGUUUCGUUGCCGCACUCUCGAGUGGGCAGAGAUUAUCAGCUGCAGAAUGCGCAGAAGGAUCCAGAUGGUGAGGAUCUGCCUUAUGGCAAGGUGGGUGCACAUCCGAUGCUGCAGAGGCUGGCACGAAUGACCCCAUACUACAAGCGAAACGAGGCGAGAAUAUGCACCUUCUACGUGAAGGGUGCCUGCAAUAGAGGUGCGGAUUGCCCCUUCAGGCACGAGCUCCCGCAAGGCGGUGACCUAGCCAAUCAGAAACUGCGAGAUCGUUUCCAUGGGGAGAACGACCCCUUGGCAAACAAGAUCAUCCGUAGAGCAGAGGAGGACCUGACAUUAAUGCCGCCGGAGGACAAGGCGGUGACGACGCUUUAUCUUGGCGGACUACCACCUGGAGCCAAGGAGAAGGACAUCCGAAAUCAGUUCUACGUUUUUGGAGAGAUUCGCAGCAUCAGGAUGGCACCGAAGCAGAGCUGUGCCUUCGUCACCUUCGUGAAGCGAGAGGUGGCAGAGCAGGCUGCCAAAAACACACACAAGAUCCUCAAGAUCAACGGGAAGAAUGUCAACGUGACUUGGGGCCGACCACAGGUGUCCAAGGAGAAAGAGGCAUCUGCAGCAGUGGCCGCGGGGUCGGCGCCGCCAGCGGCUGGCAACACGUACAAGCCGUACUAUCCGUCCAUGGACCCAUCAGCACAGGGCAACGCGCCCUUACAGGGCGAGGCACCAGAUGAGCGCUCCAUUCCGAAAUGA